UCCGCAACAAAAAUGCGCCAACCUCGUGAGAGUGGGCUCUUAUGCGAUUGAACGUUCAAACUUGAUUACGACAACAAGGCCGCAAAUUUUUCUUGCCGUCCCUCUCUUUUGUCUUUGGAUCACUUGCUGCUUUCACUGCUUUGGUUUUGAAGGUAGUAUAUUUAGGGAUAAUAAGGGAUAACGCAUUUUGGUUGCUUGGUUUCAAAGUGCAAAACAAUAUGGCGAACAUUUCUCAACUUUCUGCUUUACAAGAAUUACUUAAACCACCGGAUAACGAACCAGAAGAUAUUAGUUCCUGUGAAUUGAAGCCAAACACUCAGACACCUGGCCAUAUUGGGACGGCUAAGAAAAUAUCGCAGGGAAGAGAUAAAGAUGAAAAACAUUCAAAUAAUAUCUGGGGUGAAGAGGAAAUUCCAGAAGGUGAAUUACCAAGUGAUGACCUGGGUGGCAGAAUUGUUCCUGUAUAUGAAAUGUUAUUCAAACAGAGAGUAACAUCUGAAGAUAUUUUCCUGGGAAUGGGGAAUAAGAACCCAUCAACAGCCUGUUGUGAGGAUUUAAUUGUUAAAAUUGAUUUACCAGAAACAGAAUAUGCUGAUGUAAAUUUAAAUGUCACAGAUACUUUUUUGGAUUGUCAAACACCAAAAUACAAACUUGGAGUACACUUUCCUAAACAUGUAGAAAGCAAAAAUGGCAAGGCACAGUGGUAUUCAGAAAAAUGUCUAUUAACAGUGAGUGUACCAUUAUGGAGAGAAUAUGACUUUCUUAAUAUGGAUUCAAGAUAACGAAAUAUAUCCACACAUAAGCUACAGUAUGUAAUGCUUUGUGGAACCUGGCUCACAGAGUCUUCUCACUGGUAAAAGGAAGAGACUGUGACUAAAAAUGUGGCUGUGUUUAGUUCGGUGUGGUUUGGCAUGGUAUGUUUGUAAUUUUAAAAUUGUAAAACUUACUUUGCGUCAUUGCAACUAUUAUGAUAUCGCUCCUUGUUUCGGGUUGUGUUAAAAAACAGCCACAACACACACAUUUCUAUUUCUUCACCUUUCCGCUCAGAAAUAUCUUGAAUGAAAACGGAAUACUUAUCCGAAUACUUAAAAUCCUACUUAUUCUCUUACAUUUUAUUAUUUUAAGUGAUAACUUACAAGAAUAUACAGCAGGGCAAAGAAACCAUUUAUCCUAAUUCUAACUAGAACAUGGCAU